ACAAAACACUUAGGCCAAUAGGAAUGUGACUGCACUGUUCCCGGGUGUGAGUACUUUGCUGCGCGUCUGAGACAGCGUUUGAAAAUGCUAUUCUAUUCCUUCUUCAAGUCUUUGGUGGGCAAGGACGUGGUGGUGGAGCUAAAGAAUGACCUGAGUAUAUGUGGCACGCUUCACUCUGUGGAUCAGUAUCUGAACAUCAAGCUAACAGACAUUAGCGUCACUGACCCAGAGAAAUAUCCACACAUGUUGUCUGUGAAGAACUGCUUCAUCCGCGGCUCGGUGGUGCGGUACGUUCAGCUGCCCGCGGACGAGGUGGACACGCAGCUACUACAAGACGCUGCACGCAAGGAGGCCAUGCAGCAGAAGCAGUGACGGAGCCUGGUGUGUGUGUGUGUGACUGUGUGUGUGUGUGGGGAUGGGUGUGUGGGGGCGUGUGUGUCCUUGUUUCAUUCUUGUUUUUCUUGAAAUUAUGCUUUCUGUGUGAGAAGCAUGUUUCGUACAGAUAUAGAUCCGACAUCAUUUACAGAACAUACUGUUAUAUGCAUAUGUUAGAGAAACGUUUCCCUCCAAAAUAAGUUCAGUUUGUUUUGCCCGAGAGAGUGAUAUAACAUGGAUGUAUCUAGUCAUCCGUGUAGUCAAUGUCUACAAUUGGAAGAGGAAAGAUUGAGUUCGUUACACCACGCUGAAAUUAUGUUUUUUUUUUUUGUAGCCCCCUUUGAGGUUUUUGUGAACAGUUAAACACUUUACUGCAAAAAAGUGUGGAAUUUGACAGGGUUAUUUCCUUUGGUUCACAACUCAUGCAGGUGUAAAUUGAGUGUGCGUGUGUGUUAUGAAGUCUUUGUAUCUUUUGAGCUUUGUCAUUUGAUUUAAAAUAUCAAUCUUUUUGUAAUAAAGUUGAGAUAGAUGCCUAUAAACAAUUGGCUGUGUAACCGUAAAAUUUCUGUUGGUAUUUGUUAGUCAAUAGCAUUAAACACUUACCACAUA